CCACAUAAAAAGCAAGCAAACAGAGUAAGAUAUUUAUUAAAAUUAAAAAAGAUUUUAAAGUAGGUAUAUUUGUUAAAAUUAAACUAAAGAAAAAGAAAGAAAGAAAAAAUAAUGCUCAGAUAAACUAUUAAUAUUAUUGAACAAUAAAAGGCAAUGAGAAUGAUGAUCUUGCCUAGAUUGGUUGUGAGCAACAAUAACAUUACUUAGUAAAAACAAAAGGCAACUAAUCCUUUAUAAAAUAGCUAAUCUUAAUCUGCUGCAGCCAUUCCUAAAUUUGAUUGGAAUCCUGUUAAAUAUAAUUUCAAUUUUGAAUUACUUCAAAAUGAAUAUGCAAACUACUGCAAACAAUACAAUAUAGUUAAUAAAUUUGAUAAAUAAAGUAAAUAAGAAAGUAGCAAGCCUGUUGAAGCUCAAGCUGAUUAAUUAUACCUUUAAACAGUUGUAUUCAAUCCUACUCUCAGUUUUAGCUCUUUCCCAACAAUAGCUGAAUCUGAGGAUAUUAUUUUUGAAAUGUAAAAUAAGCGCUCCAAACAAGCUAAGAAGAAAAGAAGUAAAAGAAAAAAUGGUGGACACUAAUCUAUCAGAUGUUGA